CAAAGUCCAACUGGCAUAACAGAUAAACAAAUCCACUGGAGCUUGACAAAAUUAUAUUGCCGCAAAAUGAAGUUCUUGUUGCUAGACGAGGAUCGGCACAAUGACGCCUAUAAGACAAUGUUAGAGAGGAUGGAACGAAGAAGAUGGUCCGAGGAAUGGGCCAACAAUGUGUUUCCAGGGGCCAUUGUACAGAAGUUAGCAUCGAAGCCUAAACAAGGGGCUGACGAUCGCGCUUAUCGUUCACUCGGUGUAGGCACAGGGAACGGAGAGUAUGAACUGCACCUCCUGAAGCAGCUUUCAUCCAGGUUUCCUCGAAUCAAGCAUGUAGUCAUCGAACCAUCUCAUGAAUUCAUCCAGGAAUACCAGACCGAAGCAGCAACGACUUCUUUCAAUGGUUCCAUUGAGUUUGAAUGGUAUGAGGGGACCUUUCAGGGGUACAAAGAAAAGACACUUGAUAGUGCCGAUGGUAGAUUCGAUUUUAUCAGCGCCAUACACAGUUUGUAUUACGUGGAGAACGCAAGAGAGACAGUAAAAUUACUCUACGACUGUCUUGCCCCUGGAGGUAUGAUGAUGAUCGAAAUGAGUGAUGACAAAUCCAGUGGACAGAGGAUGUUUGCAGAUUUUCCAGAACUGCAGCAAAUGUUCACCCUCAAAAAUUGGGUCACCUAUUCCGAUGUGACUGGCGCCCUCCACGACAUGAACAUACCAUUCUCCCGUCUUGUGAACCCAAUUUUCUUUGACAUUACUGACGUCUUCGAUGAAACUUCGAGGGAGGGAAACCUUUUGUUAGAUUUUUUCACUCAUGUUUCCAACUUUCGCCAGACUGCUGAUAGUGACCUGGUCAAGAGAGUUCUACAAUUUUUAAAGAGGAAGUCUAAGGAGCACAUGACCAAUAGUGAGGGAGCGGACAGCGUAGAAAGCGAUCGACUCAAACUAAGACGAAUAUGGGAAACUUUGAUCAUUGAAAAGCCACCUAAAGACUAGAACACCUCAUCAGUAAUUUUGUUACGAUACUUCUAGUCUUGCAAAAAUGUCAAAUGAAUCUUUAAAAGGGUCCAAGAUGGGAAAAAUUGAAACCCUGUGACUGUGGAACACAGACAAGGGACCAUUAGCGGCUUCUGUCUGCCCGCCAUUCGCAAGUUUAUAACUAAGCCUGGGUCGUGUUUCACAAAGCUGUUCGUAAAGUUACACACGACUUUACGCACGACUGAAACAUGUUCGACUGGUACUUAUUUUCUUUAUAUCAAGAAUGAACUUGGCCUUUGAACAUCAUGUAAUUUUAUAUUGUAAAAGAAAGCCAAAGAAAGAAAGAAUGCUCUUUUUUAACUAUAAAUACAACAUAAUUAUAAUGGCGUCUUGCAAAUGCUGCAAUCGUCUUCGUCGCCAUCCUCCUCAUCAAUUCUUGCUUUUGUAAUAUGAUUGUAUCCAUAUUUUGUAUAGUGAAGUUAAAAGUUGAAUUAAUGUAGGGUUACUAUGGUAACGAACAGAACGUGAUAUAUUUCAUCAUGUAUGUUAGAAGUGUAUUUAAAAAUCUACUGAAACAUAUCUUUUCAAACAACAAAACAAUUAAGCUGUUGCAAUGACCAGUUAUCUGUUAUUAUCUUGCUACUUCAUUUAUUGAUUUGUUGUUAUAUAAUUACCUCUGAAUGUUAUACACUUAUAAUAAUUCAUACUUUGUUACUAUUUACAUUUGCUAUGUUUUACUUGUUUCGUUUACCUUCAGUUUAAGUUGUAAAGCGAAACCGCAUUGUAUUAAGCGCUAUAUAAAAGCUCAAUAUUAUAUUGUUUUUUUAGCUUCGGGUGACAUUAGGGAGCCCGGACAUGUGUAUAAAGUGACAAAUUCAGUAUUCGACGUGAAGAUUCGGCGUUAAGAUAUGAAACUCAAGUAUAUGAAAUACAGAUAAAAAUUACAAAAAGUGAAUUAGUUUUUAUUUCUGAAAUGUUUUUACGAUGAGCAUAUGUCGGUCUUCGGAUCGUUUGUCCUCGUUUUAACUGAAAAAAAUCUAGGCAUUCAUACCAAUUGGUCCAGCAGUGUAUACAUCCAGAACCAUCUAUUGUCAUGACAUCUUCCAUGUAGGCUUAACUGAGAAGAGGAGGGGUGGGGGGUGGGGGGCUCUGAGAGUGUCCUAAGAAAAAAAAUACAUUGAGCCCUGUUGCGGGUUGCGAUUUUUUCCCGCCAGUACUUGUGUACCCGACGCGAGAGGGCAGUACCGUAGCCGUAAUUUUUCAUGAAUAAGUCUAUGCGAAUAAGGUUUAUUUAGUCAGACAAUGCCUCAUGAGUAUUCGAAACGAUAAGAUCAGCUCGUUUAGUAUUCAGUAAGCCUAUCCUGCGAUCAAGUUCACUGACGCAGGUUCGAGUCUCGCCCAGAACGAUUAUUCAAAGAAUUUUAUAAAAUUAAACAUUGAUGCAAGACUCUAAAGAAAAUACAAGUCCAAGAUUUGUAGUCUGAUUCAAAGCCUUAAAAGCCCUCUCGUGUCGGUUGCAUAAGUACUGACGGGAAAAAAAUCACUUCCGGGUUUGGUCUAGAAGGUAAAAAAAAACACCUUAAAAAGCCCGGCCGCAAAAGUAGGGAGGGGAUCAGAAGUUUCAAAGCUGAGUUUAUUCAACCAAAUCAUAAACAUCAAACAAAUACAAACAAAAUGUUUAUACUUAGACAAUAAAUGAAACGUUUGAACCCCUGAGAAGCUCUGAUUGUGAUUUGGGGCCCAACAUAAUUGUACACAUUAAAAGUAUUUUACAUUACAAGGUAUAUACCAAAUGCGGGGUGAAAAGUAAACUUAGCUGGCAAUCAUUCCAUCUACACGCACACCCUCACACACAAACGAGCACCCUAUCCCCACACAAUAUCGUAAUUCAGAUAAAAAAACAAA